AUGCAGACCUGUCAACCCACCACCCUCGCUCUCCGAGCAGCACGAACUGCCCGACCAAAAACCUUUCAACGUCGAAGCCUCCAAGAUAUUGCUAUUACAAGAACUGGAAAACCGAUUAUUCGGUCACAGGGAGGAAGGUCAUCCUUGGGAGGUCACACAGCCACCGUUUUUGGCGCCAAUGGUUUUCUCGGUCGAUAUAUUGUUAAUCGCCUUGCGAAGAGGGGGGUACAAGUCGUGAUACCUUACCGAGAUGAUAUGGGUAAACGACAUCUCAAGGUCUCGGGCGACCUUGGGAGAAUCAGCUUCAUCGAAUUCGACCUCCGCAAUACCCAGUCUAUUGAAGAGAGUGUUCGUCACUCUGACAUGGUCUUCAACCUGAUCGGUCGCGACUAUCCCACCAAGAAUUUUAGUCUUUCUGAUGUCAAUGUUGAGGGCGUUGAGAGGAUUGCUGAAGCUGUCGCCAAGUACGACAUUGAUCGUUUCAUCCAUCUUUCUUCAUAUAACGCAGACAUCAAUUCCCCUUCCGAGUUCUACAGGACAAAGGCACGAGGAGAGCAGGUUGCAAGACAGCUGUUCCCCGAAACAACCAUUGUCCGCCCAGCACCACUCUUUGGCUUCGAAGAUAAUCUGUUACAUCGCCUGGCCGGUGUGACUAAUUUCCUGACCUCCAACAACAUGCAAGAACGAUUCAAUCCUGUCCAUGCUAUCGAUGUAGGUGAAGCUCUCGAGAAAAUUGGUUAUGACGACACAACUGCUGGAGAGACAUUCGAGCUUUAUGGCCCGACAAACUAUAGCAUGGCGGAAAUCGCACAGAUCGUCGAUAAGGAGAUUCUAAAGCACCGUCGCCACAUUAACCUCCCAAAGAGCCUGUUGAAGCCGGUCCUCUUCUAUCUCAACAAGGUGCUUUGGUGGCCCAUCCUGUCAGCAGAUCAAGUCGAGCGCGAAUCUCUUGACCAAGUGAUUGACAAGUCGGCGAAGACUUUUAAAGAUCUUGGUAUCCAGCCAGCAGAGCUAAGCGAACUGACGUAUCACUACCUGCAGGAUUAUCGAAGCAGCAGUUACUACGAUCUUCCCCCAGCUACGGCAAGGGAGAAGAGGGAGGCGAGGAAAUAUUUGCAUGUUAUCGAUGAUCAGUAA